GCUCCAACGCCUCCAAGUCUGUGUAUUUCCCAGCAUCCUCUAAGAGCGGCCUGUCCAGGCUGCAGUCGGCAGAGUUCAGCUCGUCGGAGAAAACUCCCGCAGAUCUUCAGAACGGAGACUCCCGGAUGGACAGAGGGAACUCUCUCCCCAGCAUGUUGGACCAAAAAAUCUACCCCUAUGAGAUGCUGGUGGUGACCCACAGAGGGCGGCGCAAACUGCCCCCCGGUGUGGACAGAACCAGGCUGGAGAGACAUCUCUCUCAGGAGGAGUUCUUCAGUGUUUUCGGGAUGUCCAUCGAGGAGUUCGACCACCUCUCCGUCUGGAAGAGAAACGACCUGAAGAAGAAAGUCUGCCUCUUCUGACGCCGCUGGAGGCUGCAUCUCCCACAAUCCCCUGCUCUUCCAGGAUCACUGCGGGAUACUGAAAAAAAAACGCACAGACUCUGAACAAAACGUCAUCAUCAGCACCGCCGCCAUCUUCUUCACCACCGCCGCCGCCGCAGCAGCAGCAGCAGCUCUGUCAGCGGGACGGCUCAGGCUUCAGGUUUGAUUCACAGAGUUUAGAUUCCUGCUGCAGCGUCAACUCCACCAGAACUUCACGACUCCUGUUUGAUCAGCUUCUAGUCGAGAGAUCGAUGUUUGUAUGCAGAAGAGCAGAAGAGCUGCACGACUUCUUUUAAUGGCUGAAUAGUUUGUUUCUCCACCUGAGGAAGAGUGAAGAGUCACACCAGCAUUUUAAUCUGAACCUUUAGACUUUAUUUCAUCAAUUUUAACAGAAUCUCUUUAAUUUGGGUGAACUUUGACUAGUAAAAAUAACACUGCAGCUUAAGAACAUAUUUAUAUUUCAGAAUAAAAACACUACAAAUGAAUGAAAUACAAGUUAGAAGGAAAUUUACAGCACAUUUUAUUUUCAUGUGUUUAAAAUAAAGGGAUGAAGAAGCCCACUGUAUGAUUAAGCCCCGCCCCCUCAAAGUGAACAAUAAUACAGAUAAUGUAGUAUCAUGUUAGCUAAUCUCUAGAGUCUGUGCACUCUGGUGUUCAUUUCAGACCCUGUUCAUCUUUUUAAAUGACCUGAAAUUGUCAGAUCUACUAUAAACAAUAUAAACCUGACACUAAUGUCACCAAACCUUUAGACCACCUUCUCAAAGACACAUUCAUUCAUUUCUGGUGUGACCCGGCACAACGUGACGACGAUUCCUGGUCUUUCUCAUCCGUCUGAAAACUUUAAACUGUGAAGCGGGAACCGACGGAUAUGGACGAGUCCUCUGUUUGUUUGGUUGUAGUGGUGGAAUUCUGGGAAAUUAAGUUAAUUCUACUGUUGUUCUCAAGCGGAGUUUAUAUGUUAAUCCCACUAAUUUAAGCAUUAAAAGUUUUCCAUACAGCAGAUUAAACAUUACAGAUGACACCAGCUGCAGGCUCCAACUGAAGGAAAUAUAUUUUAUUAUCGAGCUUCCAGCCGCAGUCGGGCUUUAAAAAACAACAUUCCUGCUGACUCGGAGUCAGUUUUCAGUACAGAUUAGAUGCUGACUGUGAGGAACAGACCUUUUCAAAAGGAUUGUUCCUAUUGGCUUAGCCAGCUAUGAUGUCAUAAUGACAGCGUUUCUUUCCCAGCACCUAAAGAAGAACAAGGAGACAGUUUGAUCACAGAAGAAGCUAAUAUUUUACUUAUCUUUA